AGAAAACUCCUGAGAGGAAUAUUUUCACAAAACUUUCUGACUUAUUUCUACAAACCCAAAAGCCAACAGAUGAUCGUUUCUACAAAGGACAACUAAUUACUGUUUAUGUAAUGGUUUAAAUUAUUCCCUUUAGAUUUAAAUGAAGAACAUCAGCACGAUGGAACAACCGACCAAGGACAAACCAGGUUGUUCUGCUGCAUUGGUGCAGACACCUGAUAUUCUAGAUGUCGACCUGCCAAAUGUUGAUCCAGUGGGCAUCUUAUUUAACAUCAGUAAAUGCCUGAUACAGCUAACGACACAGCAGUUUGAGUUGCUGACAGCCGGCUUUGUGACCGCGGAUAUGAUGACUGUGCUGGCCUUCUCUUGCAUGGAUAUUAUCCAGAUUUAUGCAGAGGCCAUCCUGGACGGCGUGAUACCACAAGUCUACAGAUACAUGAGAAUCUACGGCACCUUUUCUGCAACCAUCCUUGGAGUAACUGAAGACCGAAUCUAUGCCCACCUGAAGGAUUCUAUUGGACAGGCACUGACUGACUGUCUGAAGAUCAAUGUGCAGACUUUUGCAUCCACCAAGUUGUUCUCUGAAUUACUUGUGAGACAUAUCUCAAAGACAGUCAGCUCCGUUCUGGAUUUGUCUACUAAGAUGCCCAUACAGGAGUCCAGAAUACCAGUGGUUUUUGUCAGCGGCUAUGUGACUUCUGUUAAAGACCUCAAAGCAAUGGCUUAUCAGAUGGCUCUCAUACUGACAACAGCCCUCAGCGCUGAGCAAGAUGAAGACGUGACAUUGAAUGAACACAAUGAAGACGUGGAGUCCCCCCUCUUCUGUUUCAGUUCCAGACGUGACAUAACAAAACUGGUGAGGAAUUACAUUACACACAUGGUGAGAAUCCUGAAAAGUGGGGUUCAAAGGCCACACUGUAACAUGGGCUCCAACCGUAGAGUUGCCUGUGUCAGGGUUGGCGGAAACACAAGAAUUUUGGAAGACAGUGAAUCACCUGGACAGGAGUCUACCAUGCCUUCCUGUAGUGGUUUGGUUGCCAUUCCAGGUGUUGUACCUGAUGGCAGUAAUGAAGAGUCCAAUUCUGAGAGCUACCCCUUCAGAUCAGUUACAGUAAUUAGCCCAGCAGAGAACCAUUUCCAUCAAAGAGAUUCCGCACUGGAGUUGGAAACCAUCAGGAACAUUGCCGAAGAACUGGUACAAACAUUUCUGGAUGAUCUGAAGGAGUAG